GCUGUGGGCAGGGGACUGGCUGGCUGCAUUAGAAUGGCAGGCGGUUUUCUGGGUCUCCGGGGUCUCUUCCUUGUCCUCUUACUCCAUCAGACGGAGCAGUCAGUAUUUCUUACUGCCUCAAAAGCAAAUGAAGUUCUGGUAAGAUGGAAGCGUGCUGGCUCCUAUCUUUUGGAAGAGAUAUUUCAGGGAAAUUUGGAAAAAGAAUGCUAUGAAGAAAUUUGUGUUUAUGAAGAAGCAAGAGAAGUGUUUGAAAACAACAUAGCAACUGAGACAUUUUGGGAAGGGUAUAUGGGUGGCACCCAGUGUCUCUCCCAACCCUGCCUGAACAAUGGAUCAUGCCAAGACAACAUCCGCAGUUAUACCUGCUACUGCUCCAGUGGCUACGAGGGGAGGAACUGUGCCUACGAGAAAUGUGCAUGUGGAAUCCUGAGUUCUGAAUACAUCAUGAGACUAAAAAAUGAAAACAACCAGAUUCUUCCAAUUUUCCCAUGGCAGGUAAAACUAACAGAUUUCAAAGGAAAUGCCUUCUGUGGUGGUGUUAUCCUACAGGAAAACUUUGUGCUGACAACUGCAACUUGCUCACUCAUGCACAGUAAUAUGAGUGUGACAACAAAUUUUAACAGAAAGAGUAAUAGCUCACUGACAACGAAGGUGAAGAGAAUUCAUGUGCACAUGCGGUACAACGAAGAGACUGGCGAAAAUAACGUGUCCCUGCUAGAGCUGGAGGAGCCCAUUCAGUGCCUCAGCUCGGGGCUUCCAGUCUGCCUACCCGAAAAUGACUUCGCCGAGCACAUUCUGCUGCCAAAGAAUGUGGGCCUGGUCAGCGGUUGGACACUUACUGGGAAUGAAUCACGCGCCUCACUAAUGAAGGUGCUGGUUUCACAGUUUAAUGGGGAGGACUGUGGGAGAGCACUCAAUGUGACAGUCACCACCAGAAUGUAUUGUGAGAAGAGUCCCUUCAUAACGGGACAGUGGAUGGAGGGAAGCAUUGUCACAAGACCAUACAAAGGCACUUGGUUUUUGACGGGGAUUAUGCACACGUCAUCAACAAAAGAGUAUGGACAGGUAUUUCUCUUCACCAAGAUUUCAAGAUACUCGCUCUGGUUUCGACAAAUAAUGAACUAAUUAAAACUCAGCUAAAUGGAAAAAGAAUCAAUACGUGGUGAAAUUCCAAAUUGUAUCGGCAACCCUGGGGAUAAAGUGGGAUUGUUAGCUCUGUGAGGCUGCCACAGCUCCAGGACAGCCAAGUCAGCUAACAUGAUCAAGGUUACUGCGUGUUCAAUCAUUAGCGUUGUGCUAUUUCUUUCGUUAGAAUUUUUCAAAGAUCUAAACAGAGACCUGGCUUAGAUACAUUGAGUAAUAAAAUAACAUACAUUUGUUAGUAAUAAAACUGGACUUUCUAAAAUGA